ACAAAUAAAUUAAAGCAGACAUAUUAACAAAAGUGUGGAAGCUAGAGCUGGAACACAAAAAGCUCAAAGGAGGCAAACCAUUCAUAUUUUCUGGAAUUAUCUUACCCAAAAAGAUAUGCUAAGUCUCCACUUACUAUCAUCCACUUCUUCUUCUUCUUCCCUGCCUACUAUUGUUUCUCUUAAUUGUUGCUGCUGUGAACCUUCUAAUCACUUGCCAUUUCCCAACACUAAUUUGGGUUUUCUUAAAGUUAAGAGGCAACCAAAAGUUUCUAACUUGAAGGCUGGUUUCUGGGAAUCCAUCAGAUCCGGGUUUGGCAAAAAUAACACCAUACAGGUUAUAGAAACACCAUCCAGUGAAGAAGAGGAAGAAGAACCUCUGCCUGAGGAAUUUGUUCUAGUCGAAAAGACUCAACCUGAUGGAACGAUUGAACAGAUUAUAUUCUCUUCUGGCGGAGAUGUUGAUGUGUAUGAUCUCCAAGCUUUAUGUGAUAAGGUUGGUUGGCCUCGAAGGCCACUGUCUAAGCUAGCCGCAGCUCUGAAAAAUAGUUAUAUAGUUGCUACGUUGCAUUCCAGGAAAUUCUCAUCAGGAGAAGAGGGUAAUGCAGAAAAGAAGCUGAUAGGCAUGGCUCGUGCAACAUCAGAUCAUGCUUUCAAUGCAACAAUUUGGGAUGUUCUUGUUGAUCCUUCCCAUCAGGGACAAGGACUUGGAAAAGUUCUUAUCGAAAAACUGAUACGGACCCUUCUUCAAAGGGACAUUGGAAAUAUUUCACUGUUUGCAGACAGUAAAGGUACCAAAAUGAGACCAAGGUCUUAGACAUUUGUGGAAUUCUAUAGGAAUCUAGGUUUCGAACCUGAUCCAGAGGGAAUUAAGGGAAUGUUUUGGUACCCAAUGUAUUAGGCAUGUAUUACUUGUUGGACAAACAGUUUUGGCCUCUUGCUCUAUACAAAAUCCUCAAGAGUGGUGCAAGAAUGUGGCUGUUGGAUUGUGGGAUUAAUAUGCAGCAUUUUUUGGAAGCGUUUGAGCUUUUUGGCCAUCUUGUAAUGCACGUUAUAAUGACCACAACUUUUGCUAGUAUAGCUUGAGCCUUGAGUGUCAUGUUGUAUUCUUGUUGGAGGAUUUCAGAUGGUUGGUUCAUUAGAUGUUGUUUCCCAUUUAGAUAUAUCCUCAUUAUUUCUUAAUA